AAUUCUCGUCACCAGCCUGCAUUCACUUUCAUAUCAGACCUCCACACAUUUCCCGCACCGACGGAAGGUGUGCGUUUGCGCACAGGACCGCAAUCCGCUGCCUCAUGUCAGCCCCGCGUUUUCUCCAGCUGAUUCACCAAAUAUUGCAAAAUUCCCGCAUCCAGAGGGGCGGAAUCCUCCCGUAGACUGACACCGAGCGUUUGCUGAGACCAUAGGCGUGGUUUUUAGAUGGAGAUGCUCCGUCUGCUCCCGCUGGGAUCCCCACCUGCCCUCACACCGUCGUUGUUCCAGUGCCAGCUGGCAGCCUCCUGCGCCUCGGAGACCACAGCAGACAUCUGACUUGUUUUCCUCGUCGUCAUAGACCGCACAGACUGGGGUGUGAUCACCCGGCGUUACAGCGCGUCGCUCGGCCACCAAGGCAGCAGCAGCGGGCGGAGAGGAGCCGCAGCGGAGACCCUGGUUCAUGCGCAGGGCUGCUCGAGGCGCAGGUUGUGCCCGCAGCGGUUCGCAAGGAUGGGGAUUACAGCCAAACGAUCGCAGUGGCUUGGCGUACUUGCGGCGGCGUCGCUGUUACUCCUAGUGGGCAGCAAGAGAGCCAGGCAGCCCCGCUGUCCGCUGUCGUGCACAUGUACCAAAGACAACGCGCUGUGCGAGGGCGCAGGAUCGAUCCCUCGCAGUUUCCCUCCCGAUGUCAUGUCACUAUCCUUCGUCAAAUCGGAAUUCACUGAAAUCCCAAAGGAGAGCUUCAUCCACACGCCUGGCCUGCACCUUCUUCUCUUCACAGCUAAUAUCCUGGAAUCCAUAAAUGAGGAUGCUUUCAUCAGUCUUCCUCAUCUAGAAUAUCUGUUCAUAGAAAACAACCAAAUCAACUCAAUAUCUCCACAUGCUUUCCGUGGACUAAAAACUUUGGUGCAUCUGAGUCUGGCCUACAACAAUCUGGAGACACUGCCCAGAGAUUUGUUCAGGGGUCUCGACGCUUUGACGAAAGUAGACUUACGAGGAAAUCAUUUCACAUGUGAUUGUAAGCUGAAAUGGUUGGUGGAGUGGAUUUUCAGCACCAACGCAACUGUGGACCAGGUUUACUGCAAAGGUCCUGCCUCCCACCUGGAUAAAAGCAUUAAUGACUUGGAACCGCAGUCUUUCGACUGCAUCACCACAGAGUUGGCUUCACACCAGUCCCUCAAGUUUGAAUCCAUCUCAGUGGAGGCCUUCUUUUUUGAGAAUAACCAGUAUGUUGUGUUCGCCCAGCCUUUCAUUGGGAAGUGCAGCUUUCUGGAGUGGGAUCAUGUGGAAAUGCUCUUCAGGACAAGAUAUGAUGAUAUUGACAGUACAUCCACAGUGAUCUGCAAACCUCUGGUCAUCGACAACCAGCUCUUUGUCAUUGUGGCUCAGCUGUUUGGAGGCUCGCACAUCUACAAGCGGGACUCCUCCGCAAACAAAUUCAUCAAGCUCCAAGGCAUUGACAUCCUCAGAAUCCGUAAGCCGAACGACAUUGAGACCUUCAGCAUUGAUGGAGAAUCCUUCUUCGUCAUAGCAGAUAGCUCCAAAGCCGGUACCACUACCAUCUACAAGUGGAACGGGAAUGGCUUCUACUCCCAUCAGUCGCUCCAUCCGUGGUACAGAGACACUGACGUGGAGUACCUGGAGAUUUCUUCCAAACCUCACCUGAUCUUGUCCAGCAGCUCCCAGAGGCCUGUCAUUUACCAGUGGAACAGAACCACUAAAUUGUUUGAAAGACGCACCGACAUCCCGGAGAUGGAGGACGUUUACGCCGUCAAGCAUUUCCAGGUAGAUUCUGACCUCUUCAUCUGCCUCACACGUUUCAUCGGAGACUCCAAAGUGAUGCGCUGGGAUGGGGCGCUCUUUCGGGAGGCGCAAACCAUGCCCUCUCGGGGCUCCAUGGUCUUUCAGCCUUUUGCUGUGGGCAGCUGGCAGUAUGCCAUUUUGGGCAACGAUUACUCUUUUACUCAGGUGUACCGCUGGGAUGCCAAGAAGGGCGAGUUUGUCCGUUUCCAGGAGCUGAACAUCCAGGCACCGCGGGCUUUUUCUCCAGUUGCCAUAGAUAACCGUCAGUUCCUGGUGGCCUCCAGCUUCAAAGGGAAAACGCAGAUCUUUGAGCACCGGAUCAUCGAUCUGAGCAAUUGAGGAAUCUCUGUCUUUCUCAUAGUUUACAGAUUUCUUUGGGUCUGAAGGCCAUUUAAGGAGAUGCGGAACUGAACGAGCGUUCUUUCAGAAGGAGAAGCAGGUACUGUUUCGUUUUUUUUUACUUUAUCAUAAUCUGUGCACGCUAAAUUAGAGGAUAAACAUUUUUAAACCAAAUAUUUGUUGGAGAUGCAUGCAUCUCAAAUUAGAACAAGUAGUUUGUCUACCAAUAAUGCAUGGAAGCCCCACCACUACACACAAACACACCAGUAAUCCAUGAAAUCCAACUUUAGCCAACAAGCUGUGUUCAGCAUUUCAGUUGUCAAAAAUAUUUAUACAUUUUUAAAGUUAUAUAUUUAUCUAAAAAGAGAAGUUAAAAUGUACUUUUUAAAUCUGUUAACAUGUUUACCAGAACUAAUCUGCCAAAAUGAAGUGUUUACAAUUUUCUCUUUCCAUUUGUAAGCUUUGAGAUUUGUAAAUUAAGUUUUUGUAAUCAGAGGGACCACAGAGGCAAGAAUCACAGUUGUUCCAUAAUUAGUAAUCAUUAUUGGAGAAAUAAAUAUAAGUCUACUUGCAUAUGCGUGCAUAUUACAUUUUUAUCAUUAAUGGUUUGUAUAUUCUUUGAAGUAAAGUUUUUCAUUAGUGGGUUCUAUUUUGGAUAACUCUAGAAAGCAGUAAAGAUGAUAGAAAAGAAAAAAGAGGAAACUGUUGAAAAUCCUAAUCUUUGACUAACAUGUAUGCAUCACUUGUGUCAUGAUUAGGACUAAUAUGUUAUUUAGAGUCAAUAAAGGUAAAUAUUUGAUCCGA